AUGGCGCCUAGAAGCCUUCUUCAGCACGCCGGGCUGCUUGCCUUGGCCACGAGCAUCAACGCCAUUCCGUUUGUCUCAGAGCCGCAGACCACAGUCACCUCCGAGCCGGCCUUCACGCCCUCUCAGGUCCCUCACACCAACGUGACCUCCCACGGCCCUUACACAGGCCCAUCGCCAACCACGACUGGUGCCAUUUCAACCAGCGUCCUGGCAUCCGAGGUUCCUCAGCUCCCUCCUCCAGACGACGCAUACGACUACCCUGCAGACGGAAAACUUCACGGUGACCAGCCAGCUCCGUAUACCCCGUCCGGUGGCAUCGGGACUAAUGGCUCUGCUCCGGUCUACCGCGUCCAGAGUGACUUUGACUUCCAGUCUCUCGCUCUGGGCCUGUACCAGGAGUACAUUGAGCUUGACCUCUUCCACUGGGGUCUUGCCACCUACUCUGAUGAGGACUUCGAGGAGCUUGGCUUGAAUGCCGAGGACCGCUUCCUGCUGCAGCACAUGGCCGACCAGGAGAUCGGCCACGCGACCGUCAUCACGAACCUCCUCGGUCCCCAGGCCCCGCAGCAGUGCACAUACAACUAUCCCGUCUCAAACCUGCGCGAGUACAUCGACUUCAACCAGAAGCUCACCCGCUGGGGCGAGGCCGGCGUGUACGGCUUCCUCCCUCACCUCAACUCCGGCCCGGCCGCCCAGCUCUUGCUGCAGAGCAUCACGGUCGAGGCCCGCCAGCAGAUGAUCUUCCGCCAGUUCGAGGGCCUGUUCCCGAUGCCUGAGUGGCACACCGUCGGUAUCCCGCAGAGCUGGGCGUGGACGUUGCUCGCCCCUUAUAUUUCCUCCUGCCCCUGGAACCAGACUCGUUUGAUCUGGCAGAACUUCCCUGCUCUGCACAUCCUGAACCAGCCUAACCCUUACCGCAUCAACGGGUCGAACGUCUGGAACGAGACCACUGGAGGUUGGGCCAACACCGCGGCGACGACCAACAUCACCGACUCCGAGUCGUGCGUGAACGCCACGGGCCCCGGUCAGGACUGCAGUGCUGCCAUCACGCACAACCGCACCGAGCCGCUGUCGUACCCCGGUCGCCAGGUGUUCCUGCAGUGGGACGCGCCUGGGCAGCCGGUUGGCCCCAACAACAGCUACAUCACCUCCACCAAUGUGCAGGAACCCAAGUUCGCCGCGUGGGUGUCGCAGCUGAACGUCACGUACUCUGCUUUGCUGAAUGUCAGCAUGGAGGAUCGUACCGCGUACACGAUCCAGCCUAACGUGUCGACUUGGGAGUAUGACCCAGCAAUCAACUCGACCAUGUUCCUGGCUCUUACGGACACUGAUCUGUACGUCACGCCGUACAACUUGACCAUGAUCAACCCGCAUGUUGCUGCUCUGGCCGUGUACCAGGCUGGCUAA